AUGGACUGCAUUCCAAACCGGAACAUGUACUUUGGUUUCAGUAUCAGUAUUGUUGGAUGGACACAAUGUGUGCAACCCAGGCAAGUUGGGACCGGGAUAGCGUUCCACGCAAUCUCCUUUUUGGAUCAUGUCCCCGCAUCGUCCGCAGGGAUACGGUCCGUUGUAGCAUAUUUUACAAAAGCAUUUGUCGUAUUUGCUUUUGUGGAUACACAAUCCAUCGAUCAGCGGGUUUUCGGAACCUCGGCAGCGGACAUGUUCCAAGAGACCUUGUUGUUGUUGUUGUUGUUCACUCGGUUUCGCGCAGUCGCCUUUCUCAAAGGGCCUCCGACACACGCGGCAAAAUCCUUCCGUCGGAGAAAGGCAGUGGCAGUUAUUGGGAUCCAAGCAGUAGCUUCCCAAUCGACGAGUCUUUAG